AAUUCAGAACUUUUCAAAACAAUUCAUGCAGUCCUUAUCAGUGCACUUGAUACACUGUAACUUGAGGGUCAGUCCUCGCGUCAUAAACUUAACCCACAAGCUCCUCGAUGUCUCGGACACACCAGUGGAUCAUCCUAAUACACCUUUGCUAUUUACAGAGUUUUCUGGCGGGAAGUACUCCAACAUCGGAUCAUAGAUGCUGCGUGCCCACCAACUUCCGGUGUAACAUGGACGUUACGGGUGGCUUCCUUAGUAACAGCGGGCCACAUUUUGUUGACAACCGAGUUUUACUUUACUUUGAUUAUGUCACACAAAGGACUAGGACGGAAACAGGUGUGAUUCUGCCCAAUGGCGGGCACCUGACACACACCGAAAUAGCCGACUUCGCCAAGCAUAGAGUGUUUAAAAUAGACGGAAGCGCUUGUGUUGAAAGUCACAUGAAUGCUUCAAUCCAGGAACAAUGCAUCUCUGGUGAUGCAAAACUCGUAUCAUCCGGUUAUGUUGGGUCUCCAAGAAAACCCCUCAACAUACAAACCUGGCGGUUCUCCAUUCCCGGAACUGACGUCAUCAAUUAUCGUAUGCUAACAGAGACAACUCCAGGAAAGUGUAUUCCAGUGCUGGAGGCAGAACACGGGUUUCUGAAUGGAGCUUACUCUGCAAUGACAUACAUCAUCUCAGACGUCCAUAUUGAUGGCGCUUCUAAUUCGAUAUUUGAUUCACGACCAGAGACAUGUCACAAAGCAUAACCUCACCGAUUUUUCUUCGAUUCUAUGUACUGCCAUUCUAAAGUCAUCUUUAAAUAGUCUCCAUUGUCAAUGACUGC